UCCUCGUGCCUAAAUUCCACCACCCCUUUAUAAAUUAAAGAAUCAAGAUAAGGUUCACUCUCAUCACAAAUUAAGUAUUAUCUACUUCUUCACCCUCUCACACCUACCUUCGCCAUGGAUCCAUGGAACCUUUCAUCUUCCAAGUUUCUCUCUAAACAACUUCCUUACCCUUCUCAUCUCUACGCAGAAGAGAUUCCCAACAUGGGAAAUUCCAGUGGUUUGAUCAAGGAUCUCAGAGGUUCGCAGUUGACAAUCUUCUAUGAUGGUCAAGUUGUUGUCUUUGAUGAUAUUCAAGCUGACAAAGCCAAGGAUAUCAUAUCUUUUGCCAACACAGGAAUGUCCCAAAACCAGAACGGCUAUGCUUGCUCGUACCCUGCUGCAAUUUCUGCUACUUCCAGCAGACCGUUUCCUUUUCUUAUGAAUAUCAUCCCUACCACUGCCAACAAUUCGGUUCAGGAGCACCCUCAAACACCGUCUAAAUCUGUUAUAUGCGAUCUACCUUUGGCUAGAAAAGCUUCACUUCAUCGGUUCUUGGAGAAAAGAAAGGAUAGAAUUGCUGCCAGAGCACCAUAUCAAACAAGCAAUCACAUGGAAGCCCUUAGUAAGCCAGGUGAAUCCACGCCAUGGCUCACCUUGGCAUCUAAAUCGCUACAAGACGAAUCUGAUUCUGAUAGCAGCUCCAGCUUUGUGUUAUUUUAAGUGCUUUUCUUGGACAAACUGAAGAAGAUUUCACUAUCAUACAGCCAUGGAUACGGGCUUCGUGAAAAAGAGGACUUCAUGGGUUUUCUAUAAGCUUAGCCAAGAGUUAAAAGGGCUUCUCUGUAGCCCUGUGCUGAUUUUUUGGAAGCCUAUGAUCAAAGUUGUUGCUCAUGGCUACUAUUAUCGUAAUUAAAAGUUUAAUUUUAGACAAGAACUGUAAAUUGAAUUGGGAUAGCAUAGUUUUGGUAUAAUAUUGAAAUCAAUUCUUCUCAGUUCUCAUUGUCACAUAUAUUGUAUCUAAGGAUUAUCUAUCUCUUUAUGAGCAUAAUCAGUUUGUUAUAGUUCAAUUGGUUUCCUACAAGUAUGUAAGCUACAUGAAAUCACAUCCCAUCUUUUCAGUAUAUAUUUUACUUUUCCGCUCA